AUGUCAAGUUCUGACGAGGAACAACUUCUUUUAUUACUUGCCCUUAAAAAUAGAAGGAAAAAACGAAAAUGGGUACAUGAAAUUAAUACAACCAGGGAACAGUUGGGUGAAUACCAUCGACUGUGUAUUGAACUGCUGUCACAUGAAGAUCGUUUUUUCAAAUAUUUUCGUAUGUCACGUGAGUGUUUUGAAGAACUGCAUAAUUUAAUAAAACCAAAUAUUGAGAAAUGUCUCACAAACUGGAGAAAACCAAUUGAGACAAAGGAGAAAUUAGCAAUUUGUUUGAGAUAUUUGGCCACAGGUGAUAGUCAUCAGACUAUUGCAUUCUCUUUUCGAGUGGGUCGAUCAACUGUUUCCAAAAUUGUGAAAGAUGUUUGUCAUGAAAUUUGGAAUGUUCUACAACCUACUUAUUUACCUAAACCUACAACACAGACAUGGAUAGAUUCAGUAGAAGGAUUUUCAGAACUUUGGGGGUUUCCUAAUUGUCUUGGAAGCAUAGACGGCAAACAUAUUAAACUAAAAUGUCCACAAAAUAGCGGUACAAGUUAUUUUUGUUAUAAAAAUUUUUUCUCGAUAGUUCUACUUGCUGUAGUUGACCCAUAUUACAAAUUUAUGGUUGUUGACAUUGGUAGUUAUGGGCGACAUAGCGACAGUGGCAUUUUUGAAAAUUCCGCUUUUUACCGGGAAUACGUGAAUGAUAAAAUUAUUUUAUCUCCGAAGCCACUACCAGGCACUGACGUCCCCGUUCCUCAUGUAUUCGUAGGUGACGAAGGAUUUGCACUUCAAACUUAUAUGAUGAGACCUUACCCAAAAGCUGGGAUGAUUCAUGAUGUGAGAAAAAAAAAGUUCAAUGCACGACUAAGCAGAGCUCGUCGUGUAGUUGAAAACGCGUUUGGCAUAUUGGCCAUGAAAUGGCGAGUAUUCUUAAAAGCUAUAGAAACAGACGUUGAAACUGCGGAAUGUAUUGUCAAAGCAGCAUGUUGUUUGCACAAUUUCGUCAUGAUGAAAAAUAACGGAGAAUAUCCAGCCAUUGAAAAUGAAGAGCAAGCUCAACCUAUACGAGCAUUAUUAGACACAGCAUUGACCAAUCGGAGGUCGAAUAAUGCUGCUUUAGAAAUCCGCGAACUUUUUACUGCUUACUUCAAUAGAUAA